AUGUCUUCGGAUUCUGGCUUCACCCUCACCGUCCUGGGCUGCGGUACCAUGGGCAUUGCCAUUGCCAACGGCGUUCUCACCUCCUUGGCUGCCGGCGUCACACCCGGCGACGACGUUCCCGCUACGCUGCCCUCCAAGUUCAUCGCCUGCGUCCGCAGCGAAAAGAGCGCCGAGCGCGUCAAGACGGCGCUGAGCGCCCACUCCUCGCGUGUCGAGGUUGUCCGCAACGACAAUGUCGCCUCCGUGCAACAGGCACAGGUCGUUCUCCUGGCCUGCAAGCCCUACAUGGUCAAGGACGUGCUCGGUGUCUCUGGCAUGGCCGACGCCCUCAAGGGCAAGCUCCUCGUCUCAGUCUGCGCGGGCAUCACCGCCGAGGCCAUGGAGGAGGCCAUCUACGGCAAGGUGCUCACGGGUGACCCUGCAGAGGACGGCCGCUGUCGCUGCAUUCGUGCCAUGUGCAACACGGCUGCGCUCAUCCGCGAGUCCAUGACUGUCAUUGGCAUCUCGAACCCUCCGCUCCCGGACAAGGACAAUGCUCUCAUCACCUGGAUCUUCAAGCAGAUUGGCGACGUCGUCUUCCUACCUGCCAACAACAUGGACGCGUCCACGGCUCUGGCCGGUUCGGGCCCCGCGAUGUUCCUCCUGAUGCUUGAGGCGGCCACAGACGGCGCCGUCGCCAUGGGCAUUCCGCGCGCCGAGGCCCGCCGUAUGGCUGCCCAGACCAUGAGAGGCGCUACCGGCCUGGUCCAGAGCGGUGAGCACCCGGCUGUGCUCCGCGAGAAUGUUUGCACUCCCGGUGGCUGCACCAUCGGUGGUCUGCUGGUUCUUGAAGACGGCGGUGCUCGUGGUACCAUCUCCCGCGCCAUCAGAGAGGCCACAGUUGUUGCCAGUCAGCUUGGCAAGGGCGUCCAGAACGUCAAUGGCACUCGUCCAUACCUGCAGUAG